AUGCGGCAAACGGCACUGCGCUUGUUUUCUCUCACCGGACGACGACCCUUUUCAUCCGAACCAGAUAUCCCAUCCCUUUACUCCUUCCUCCAGCCUUCAGUUUUUUCCCCCAAAAAGACAACACGACCCCAACAACCCUCAAUUUCCCCAAACCACAACCCGACCCGACCCGAAAACUCCGCCCUCGAAUCCUCCCUCCACCGAUCCCUCCUCAACGGCAACACCGACGACGCCUGGAAAUCGUUCAAGGCCCUUACCGCCGCCGCUUCCUUCCCCAGCAAGCCCCUCACGAACUCGCUGAUCGCGCACCUGUCCUCGCUUUCCGACACGCUCAACCUCAAGCGGGCGUUCGCCUCGGCUGUCUUCUUGCUGGAUAAAAAUCCGUCCCUGUUGGAGUAUGACAGCAUUAAGACGCUUCUGAUCUCCAUGAAGGAGGCCAACACCAGCGCCCCGGCUGUGGCGCUGGUGAAGAACAUGCUGGGCAACAGGUUCUUCAUGCCAUUCGAGAUGUGGGGUCCCGUUUUGAUCGAUAUUUGCCGGAAAAACGGCAGCUUUGCUGCUUUUCUGAGCAUAUUCAGCGAGUGUUGUAGUAUUGUCACCGAUGAGAAAUUAGGUUUUAUGAGGCCCGAUUUGGUUGCUUGUAAUGCCGUCUUGGAGUGCUACUGCAGGGAACUUGAGUCGGUUGUUGAUGCAGAGAAAGUGUUUGAUAAAAUGUCGGUUUUGGGGAUUCGGCCAGACAAUGUUAGUUUUGGGUUGCUGGCGUAUUUAUAUGCGGUCAAGGGGCUUGACGGGAAAGUGAUCGAGCUAGAGGGCUUGAUUGGUAGGCUUGGUGUUUCUGAUAAAAGAAAUUUCUUGCAUAAUGUGGUUUGUGGGUAUGUGAAGUCGGGUAAUUUCGAAUUAGUUUCAGCUUCUAUACUGCGCUGGGUAAAAGAAGGACAGUGUUUUAGUUUAGAAACUUGUAGUGAGAUCGUGAAAGGAUUUUUACAGAAGGGGAAUCACAAGAACAUAUCGAAUUUGAUAGUCGAAACCCAAAAACUCGAGCCUUCUUCAACUGUUGCGGCCGAGGAGUCUUUCGGUUAUGGGGUCAUAACUGCUUGUAUCAGUCUCAAUUCACUAGACAGGGCACAUUCGGUUCUUGAUGAAAUGAAUGCUCAGGGUGCUUCUAUCGGGCUCGGAGUUUAUGUCCCGAUUUUGAAAGCAUACUCCAAAGAGCAGAGAACUUCGGAGGCUGCCCAAUUGGUCACGGAAAUCGGCAGCUUAGGGCUGCAUUUGGACACACAAACUUACGAUACUCUAAUCGAGUCAUCCAUGUCCUGCCAGGAUUUCCACUCGGCAUUUUCUAUUUUUCGUGACAUGAGGGAAUCGAGAACAAGUGACUUGAAAACCAGCUAUCUGACCAUCAUGACGGGCCUGACCGAACACCACAGGCCCGAACUAAUGGCUGCAUUUCUUGACGAAAUCGUUGAGGACCCUAGGAUCGAGAUCGGGACCCACGACUGGAAUUCGAUUAUUCAUGCCUUCUGUAAGGCCGGGAGGUUAGAGGAUGCUCGGAGAACGUUCAGGAGGAUGGUUUUCCUUCGGUUUGAGCCUAACGGGCAGACAUAUUUGUCGCUCAUCAAUGGCUACAUGGCCUUGGAGAAGUAUUUCAGCGUGUUGAUGCUGUGGAAUGAGGUGAGGAGGAAGGUUUCGGAUAAGAAGUUUGAAUUGGAUAAUGUUUUGGUGGAUGCUUUUCUGUAUGCGUUGGUUAAGGGUGGGUUUUUCGAUUCGGUGAUGCAAGUUGUCGAGAUAUCUCGGGAAAUGAAGAUAUUCGUGGAUAAGUGGAGGUACAAGCAGGCAUUCAUGGAGAAGCAUAAGAAGCUGAAGGUGUCCAAGUUGAGAAAGAGGAGUACAAGGAAAAUGGAGGCUUUGGUUGCGUUUAAGAACUGGGCAGGCUUGAGUGCUUGA